UCCCUUUGGCAUCCCUUCCCUUUCCCACUCCACUUGCCAACAACGAAUGUCUGUACUCUGUACUACUACUCUCUCCUCUUCUUUCCCAGGUGAGGUGAGUAAAACGGCACUCCACUCUUACUGUUCAACUCUUUUCGUCCAUGAAACUGAAUGGCCUGCAGAUUAGAAAUGAUUGAGAGAGGCAAAAUCAAAGUCCCAACCUGUUUCGUCUUGUUAUUGAUACUGAUAAUCCCUUGCGCUUCUCUAAACCCUAACAUUCUUGGCGCCGACAAAGCUGCAAUUUCGGAGCUCAAAUCCCAUUUUCACGGCUUCAACGAUGGCUUCUCCAUCUGCAACCGCUCCGGCCGGCUCACCACGCUCAACCUCUCCUCCCAAAAUUUGACCGGUGAAAUACACCCCUGUCUCUGCAACCUCACUCUUCUUCAAACCCUCAUUCUCUCACACAAUUCUCUGCGUGGCCCCAUUCCCUCCUGCUUCAAUCUCUUAACCAACCUCAAGCUUUUGGAUAUUAGCUACAAUUCUUUCUAUGGCUCCGCCCCUCAAGCUCUUGCCACGCUCAACCAGCUGGUGAUUCUUGAUCUCAGCCACAAUGAGUAUUCUGGCGAGAUUCCUGCGUGGAUUGGGAAUUUCUCUUCCAAACUCGAGAGACUUAAUUUGGGAUUUAACAAUUUCAGCGGGGAAAUGCCUACUACCUUGUAUUCUGCAAUGUCAUUGCUCUAUCUGGAUUUAUCACACAAUAAUUUGACCGGAGUUGUGGGUGAUUUCCAGCAGGCUUUGGUGCAGCUCAACCUCGGCUCGAAUUCGUUUUCGGGCACUCUGCCCUGCUUCUUGCCAGCUACUAAGUCCCUCUCUUUGCUCAACUUAGCAAGAAACUCCAUUUUAGGAGGGAUCCCAGCUUGCAUUUCUACUUGUCGUGAGCUGACACAGCUCAAUCUCUCAUUCAACCAACUAGAAUAUGGGAUUUCUCCAAGAUUGGUUUUUUCUGUGCAGUUAGUUGCUUUGGACUUGAGCUUCAACAAGCUGUCUGGAGAUCUUCCAUCUACUAUUGUGGGGGCGCCUGACAAGUCGAGUCUCUUGCUCUUUGAUGUGUCCAAUAAUCUGUUGACAGGGGAGAUUCCAUCAUCUAUCACAGAGCUGAAGAACUUGAAGGCCUUGUUUCUCUCCCAUAAUCUUCUCAGUGGUGAGAUUCCAGAGAGGAUUGGGAAUUUGACCUACCUUCAAGUGAUUGAUCUGUCUCACAAUGCGUUGUCUGGAAAUAUUCCUUUGAACAUUGUUGGUUGCUUUCAGUUACUGGCACUGAAGCUGAACAACAACAAUAUCUCUGGUGAGAUUCCUCCAGAGCUUGAUGCAUUGGAUAGUUUGAGGAUACUGGCACUGAGCAACAACAGAAUCUCCGGGGAGAUCCCUCUCACCUUGGCAGGGUGCAAGUCAUUGGAAGUUGUCGAUUUGAGCUCAAACGAGCUUUCUGGCUCUCUGAAUGAUGCUGUAUCCAAAUGGUCCAAGCUUAGGUUUUUAUCCCUCUCACAUAACAUUCUGAAUGGAUCCCUACCGAGUUGGUUGUUCACAUUUGAAGCAAUCAAGACGAUCAAUCUUCUGGGCAACAAGUUCUCUGGCUACAUACCAGAUGGUAGUUUCAACACUAGUUCAUGUUUUAAUCACAGGGAUAGUGGUGGAUCAGAGUUUAGAGAUGUUGAAAUGCAGGUCUCUGUAGUAAUUUCUGCUAGAAAUGAAGUGAUGUUCGACUACGAGCUAACAAGCAGAAUUGGGAUUGACAUCUCAGAUAAUGCACUCAAAGGGGCAAUCCCAGCAGGGAUGUUUGGAUUGCAAGGUUUGGAGUAUCUAAACCUGUCGCAUAACUUCCUCGAGGGUGAAAUUCCAGCAGGGAUGGGGAAGAUGUUUAGUUUGGAGGUGCUAGACUUGUCUCAUAACUCCUUUUCAGGGUCAGUUCAAGAAAACAUAUCUAGUCUUGGAAACUUAAUGCUGUUGAAUAUAUCGUAUAACUGUCUCUCCGGGAUUGUCCCCACGAGACAGGGCUACUGGAGGUUUCCGGGGGCGCUUGCUGGCAACCCAGGCCUCUGCCUCGAGGAAUCAUCAUGUGAUGGGAAGAGACGGCCUUCAAUGCUACUGAGAGACGGGAGCGAGCAUGGACUGAUUUCAGUGAAGAUUUUGUGUGUAACUAGUUUUGUUAGUUUCUAUGCAGGUGUUAUUGGGCUUUGUUGUUAUGGUCAAACCAGAAACUACAUGUUGCAGACCAAGAACUACUGAUUUUUGUGGUAGAAAAGAUUAAGUAGCACCUUGUGUUUGCUUCCAACAUAAAUGUCUCACAAGAUUUAGUUUCUGUAAAUAAAGCUAUUCCUGCUUGUUUUA